AUGUUCAGUGAACUAUUUCUUGAACAAAGUAGUAGCGAGGGAGAAAAUAGUUCAGACGAAGAAUAUUAUAAUGUAAAUGAGGAGAUCGAAGGAGACACACCAACCUUUUCGUUAAAUAUCGAUAAUGAGAAAACGUUAAAGAAGAGGUUAGAUGCUGCCGUCAAGGAUAAGGGAGAAAAAUUGAAACGAGGUGUUAUAUAUCUUGGUAGAAUUCCACAUGGAUUUUAUGAAGAGCAGAUGCAUUCGUAUUUUAGUCAAUUUGGUACUGUUACCAGGUUAAAGUUAUACAGGAAUAAAAAGACCGGUAAAUCAAAACAUUUCGCAUUUAUUGAAUUUGCAUCUGAUGAAGUUGCGGAAAUAGUAGCCGAAACGAUGCACAAUUAUCCUUUAUCCAAUCGACUUCUUCAAUUAGUACCCGAAGAAAAAAUAAAUCCACGUAUGUGGAUAGGAGCGAAUAAAGUAUAUACACCAGAAUCAUACCUUAAAGUAGAAUUAAAAAAACGCACUAAAAAAAAAUCUUUAAAACGAGUCGAACAUCAAGUUCAAAAAUUAGUUAAAAAUGAAAAAUUGAAACGAAAAAAGUUACAAGAUUUGGGAAUCGAUUAUGAUUUUCCCGGUUAUGCUGCAAGUGUUAAACCAAAAGCUAAACACAUCAAAUUUGAAGAUUCCGAUUGA